CCAUUAUCUUAUUUUUAGAUCAGUAGAUCAGCCAUGUGAUCAGUUUUAGGUACACAUGUCAUCAUCGAUCAAAUAAAGGGCAAAGAUUCGUAUGGGAUAAUUAAACCCAGUUGCAUGCAAUUUAAUUGAGAACAAAUCACCCCAGUCAAAACAUUUUGGCCUUAAUUAACCAGCUCAGCGCUAUUGCACACCCCCAAGGGGCGAAAUGAAGCAACGCUACCUCCCCCGUUUCUACCUUCCUUCUAUAAACCUUUCUUCCGCUUUCCUCAUUUGCGACCUUCUUCUUUGCUGUCCUUUUCCUCUUCCAUCUUUCAUAUCUCUCUCGUUUAUUUGCGCGACUCUUUUUCUUGGAGACAUUUGUGAUCUUUUCCUUCAGAAUUUGAUCGAUUUGCAAAUUAAACUUGAUCAUCUUCUUGUUGCGAAGCCGUCUUGGAGAUUUCGUAAAGCGGUUUUACCUUUGGUGGUUUAUGCGCACCAUUGGCCGCUGCCGCUCUCUUGGGUUUGGGUUGUGCAAUACCAGCAUCUCGUCGGCGCAGAAGCCAUCAUGUCGACGGCCGGGAGCGGCAGCCUUCGCCCGGCCGUGGUGGAGGACACGGGCAGACACUGGGCGCCGCACGGACCUGUGCUGACGGCCUGCGUCGUGGCCAUCAACGUGCUCAUGAUCCUCCUCGUCUUCGUCUUCUUCUGGCGCUACUUCUCCGGUAAACGGGGACCAUCCGCGUCAUCCGGCGGCGGCGACGGCGACGACGACGACGCGUCGUCAUCCGCGUCGCUGCCCGUGGCCUCCCCAUGGGCAUGGUCGUCCCGCCGGCGGAGCAGCAAGGACCACGGCCCGCAGCCGGUGGACGACGACGUGGCGUCGGCGCUGCCCGUGUACGUGUACUCCAGCAGCGCCGGCGGCGAAGGCGGGAAGGCCCCGGAGUGCGCGGUGUGCAUCCUGGAGCUCCGCGACGGCGACUCGGCGCGCCUCCUCCCGCGCUGCGGGCACCGGUUCCACGCCGACUGCGUGGGCGCGUGGCUGCGGCUCCACGCCACGUGCCCGCUUUGCCGCGCCAGCGUCGUGGCGCCCAGAGCGGUGGCGGCCGCCGACGGGUCUAGUAGGGACGCCAAGGACGACGGCGCGGAUUGUCUCGUCUGAGGCGCCCAGAGACCUGCUGCUGUGUGUUGCAAAACGUAAACGGUGGAUGGCGAUGGUGGCCGGCAUCUUUUGGCGUUGGUGUCCCCAGCUUGUCUACUCUCUAUAGUCGUCUAUAGCAACAUAUGCUGAUGAGUGAUGCGUGCAUGCUCCACAUGACCGACCACCAGCAGCUGGAAUGAAAUUAAAAGCACAGGUAGGUGAGACGAUCGUCGCUCCCUCUAUCACUGUUGUGUUACGUUCUUGAUUGUCAGGGAUUAUUACGGUAUAUUCUUGCAUGGUCUUGGAAUUAGGUAUACCUAAAUAUAUCGAUAUGCAUGUGUCUUCUUCUACAAAUAUUGUACUAUGUGACAUGCGUAUUACUAUUGGAUUUUGUGACAUUAGUUGCACGUACUGUAUCUUGAUUGCUAUGCAUGUGGUCAUGUGGAAAACAUAUAUAACUACGGGCUGUAAAUUGUAAUUAAGAUUUUUCUAUAUUCAAACAGCCGGUUGGUUACGACUUA